AUGAAUGUAAAUAGCUUAACUGGAAUUCGAAAUAUUCCCACGGAUCCCUCAAUUCGUGACGUUAUCCACCGGGCUGCUAUCCAUUGUGCCAUUAUCCACCGUGCCGUUAUCCACCGUGCCGUUAUCCACGGUGACGCUAUCCACCGUGCCAUUAUCCACCGUGCCGUUAUCCACCGUGCCGUUAUCCACCGUGCCAUUAUCCACCGUGGCGUUAUCCACCGGGCUGCUAUCCAUCUUGCCAUUAUCCACCGUGCCGUUAUCCAACGUGCCGUUAUCCACGGUGACGCUAUCCACCGUGACGUUAUCCACCGUGCCGUUAACCACCGUGACGUUAUUAUCCACGUGCCACCGGGCUGCUAUCCAUCGUUAUUCCACCGUGACGCUAUCCACCGUGCCGUUAUCCACCGUUCCAUUAUCCACCGUGCUGUUAACCACCGUGACGUUAUCCACCGUGAUGCUAUCCACUGUGACGUUAUCCAACGUGCCGUUAUCCACGGUGACGCUAUCCACCGUGCCGUUAUCCACCGUGCCGUUAUCCACCGUGCCGUUAUCCACCGUGACGUUAUUCACCGUGACGCUAUCCACCGUGCCGUUAACCACCGUGACGUUAUAACCGUGCCGUUAUCCACCGUGCCGUUAUCCACCGUGACGUUAUCCACCGUGACGUUAUCCACCAUAUCGUUAACCACCGUGACGUUAUCCACCGUGAUGCUAUCCACUGUGACGUUAUCCACCGUGCCGCCAUCCACCGUGACUCUAUCCAACGUACCGUUAUCCACCGUGACGUUAUCCACCGUGCUGCUAUCCAUCGUGCCACUAUCCAACGUGCCGUUAUCCACGGUGACGCUAUCCACUGUGACGUUAUCCACCGUGCUGCUAUCCAUCGUGCCACUAUCCACCGUGCCGUUAUCCAACGUGCCGUUAUCCACGGUGACGCUAUCCACUGUGACGUUAUCCACCGUGCGAUUAUCCACCGGACUGUUAACCACCGUGCCGUUAACCACCGUGCCGUUAUCCACAGUGCCGCUAUCCACUGUGCUGUUAUCCACCGUGAAGUUAUCCACCGUGAUGUUAUCCACCGUUUCCGUUUGUCUUAGCACUCGCUAUAUUUUUGUGCAUUAA